UCUCCACCAAUGGCGGGAGCGGUUGGCUGAGGCACUGCAAGGGGCGGCGCCGCUAUUUCAGAGGGGCUGUAACAAUCAGACAGCUAUUCCAGGGUGCCAGACAUACAGGUUCUUGAGGGAGCUGUUUACCACUGUGACCGGAACACCAUGUCUGACAGGAAAGCUGUUAUCAAGAAUGCUGACAUGUCUGAAGACAUGCAGCAAGAUGCUGUAGACUGUGCCACUCAAGCUAUGGAAAAGUAUAAUAUUGAGAAAGACAUUGCAGCCUAUAUCAAGAAGGAAUUUGACAAGAAAUACAAUCCAACUUGGCACUGCAUUGUUGGCAGAAACUUUGGCAGCUAUGUAACACAUGAGACGAAGCACUUCAUCUAUUUUUAUUUGGGCCAGGUUGCAAUUCUCCUCUUCAAAUCUGGCUAGACACAGGAUAAAUUAUGGACUGUAAUGCACUGAUGGCUGGAGCCAGAAUCCCUUCAAACACGGCUGUGCAGCUGCAUGGACUGUAUUCUAUAUUUAAUGUGUAUAUGUUGCAGUGUAAAUUUGAAUUUUUUUCCAGUUGCCUGGAGAUAAGGCAGCUUCAUUUUGUUAGUUUUGUUGGUUUUGUUUUGUUCCCCUUUAUGUAGUAUUGCACUUGGGGAAUCUGUAAAUGCUUUACAAUGGCGUUUAAGUUGGGAAAAGUAAUUAAACAAAAACAAAAAUA